GUGGUAUCCCGAAUGCUAUUACGUUCAAUUAAAGAAGGGAAAAGAAUUCAUCGACAAGGUCAGAUUAGAAGUAUCUCGUAUACCGAUGUGGAGACACAGUUCCAGCACCAGCCAAGAUACAUCGGAACAUGAUUGGAACAUCCUCCUGGGUUUGGACUAUACCAAACGCUUGAUAUUGGUGCAGGGGUUUCCCGUCGUUGCCGUUCGAGAUGCGCUCUGCGAGCAAAUUCUACAGACCGGCAUACCUUUUUCCAGAGAGGUCGACUGUACUUCAGCUGUACGGAAAAAAAUCGAAUCGUACGAGGAAAAAAAUAACAAUAAACUAUUGACAGCAGAGCGUAUUGCAAAUUAUCGAACGGUGUACGCUGUGAUGCGAUUUAUACAAAUGGUUAUGGGAAAGAGCUACAAUCGUUCCUAUCCUACCGGUUGUAUCGAGAAUUCGGUUUACCUGUAUAAGCAGUCAGCCUUUAACGAUAGCGGAGACCCCAAUAUCCCGAUGUAUCGUCAUGAAAUUUCCUUUAAUCUUCCGUAUCCCGAUCACACAUAUACCGGCUAUCAUAUCGAGAGCGAGUAUCGCAUGACACUGGACAGACUUAACUCUUACGAAAUUACCUCUCGAUAA